UUUAGGAAAGAGGAAGCACUUACAAAGUGAUGAUCUCCAGGAGUUAGGGGAGGGAAAAGACCGUCUAACUCAAUCUUAAUUAGUAAGGAUCUCAGACACAGAUUUUAGGGGAAUGUUCCUGCACUGGAUGACAAACGAGGAGGGAGCUUUAAUUUGUGUUUCUCUGUAACACUGGGGACUGGCUGAUAAAACAUUUGUGAGAACAGAGAAGGAGGGGAAAGAACAAAAACAAGGGCAAAGAACAAUUUCAUCAAAGUAGACAGACAUGAUCUCCUCCACAGUGUUGUUCUAUGGGAACUACGUGCUGUGCCUGUGUCUGGGACUGCUGUGUGUGGUGUUUGUCAGUUACUGGAACAUCGAGUGGCGUGGUGGCUUUGCCUGGGAUGCGUCCUUUUUGCAGUUCAACUGGCAUCCCGUGCUCAUGGUGACUGGCCUGGUAGUCCUGUAUGGGAACGCGGCUAUCCUAUACCGCAUCCCCUUUACCUGGAGUCAGAGGAAGCAGCACUGGAAGCUGGUGCACGCUGCUCUGCUGCUGUCCUCCCUGAUCCUGUCCAUCCUUGGGCUGUGUGCUGUGUUUGACUUCCACACAGGCUACCACAUCCCCAACCUGUAUUCCCUCCACAGCUGGGUGGGCAUCUGCACCGUAGUCCUGUUCACUGCCCAGUGGCUCCUUGGCCUGGUUGGUUUCCUGUCUCCCUGCUCUCCACUCGGGUUCCGUAAGCUCCUGAAACCAGUUCACGCCUGGAUGGGCAUGGCCAUCUUUAUCCUCAGCCUGGCCUCCUGUCUCUCUGGCAUCAACGAAAAACUGCUCCUUGCUCUCAACGGCAACAGCAACAGCACCGCAGCCUAUUCCUCACAUCCUGCAGAGGCCUUGUUUGCUAACUUCCUGGGUGUCCUAAUCGUGGCCUUUGGAUUGGUGGUCCUUGGAAUCCUGUCCAACCAGAGGUGGAAUAGGCUGGAGCCAGGGGAGGAGAGCUCUAGAUCAUUGCUUCCGGAGGACAACUGAAGAAGUAGAAGACCUUGGUGUUCUCUUCUUCUCCCUGCCCUUUUCUAUUUUUGGAUAAUGGAUCAAUUGGAGACAAAGAACACUCUGAUGUUCCCUCCUGUGUCUCAGAACACCAGCUGUGGUAGUAGUUACACGUGACAUAAUGACAUGAUGACUGACAUGCAAUGUUUUUACUCUAUACCGUCUAUAGUAUAAGGGAGACUAUGUGCAUUGAAGCCUUAUUGUGUGGUAUAAGCCCUAUAGAAAAGUUUGUGGUCAUACACACAUCCUUAAAAACAUAGGUGUUGGGCUAAUAAAAAAUACUAGUAUAGAACAAUAAUUCACCACUUUAUUGACAACCUUUUGAUCCAAAACACAUUUUUGUCAGGUAAAAAAAAGAGUGCUCACAUCCCAAAAUAUACACAUUUCACCUCAUAUGACCAUUGCUGACAUGACGCAUGGUGGGUGCAAAAGCAAUUUGUGUGUCUCUAAUAAUGUAAUAACUAUCACAUGUCAGGUAAGACCCAGAUGCAGACAACGUCGAAGUAACAACAGUUUAUUAAUCGAACAGGGGCAGGCAAUAGGCAGGCAGAGGUCGGUUAUCCAGAUAGGUGGGGCAAAGGCACAGGACGGGAGGCAGGCUCAGGGCAGGCAGAAUAGUCAACACCGGUACAAAUACACAGGGGAUAAUGGGGAAAAUGGGCGACACCAGGAGGGGGGUGGAGACAAUCACAAAGACAGGUGAAACAUCAGGGUGUGACAAAUAACAAUGAGAUGGGUACAUGUAGUCGUUCCAGAAAAGAAUAUAUAUUUCCAAAAUGACUAAGUAGGUGACCUGGAAGGCAAGACUAAUUAAAGUGACAUAUUCAUGUAGGAAAUUAUCUAUAGGCCCUAUACCAUACAAUUAUUAGGCUGUACAACUGCAUAGUCCAUUCUUAAAAGUUCUUUUAGGGCUCGGAUGCCGCUAGCUGGAGCGUGCCAAAUUCAAAUGACAAAAUUGUAAUAUUAAACAUUCAUGAACAUACAAGUGUCUUACAUCAUUUAAAAGCUUAACUUCUCUAGGGUUCUGUUAUACUCACAGACAUUAUUUGAACCAUUUUGGAAACGUCAGAGUGUUUUCUAUCCAAUGCUAUAAAUGCUACCGGCCUAGCUUCUGGGCCUGAGUAACAGGCAGUUUACUUUGGGCACGUCAGUCAUCCGGAUAUUCAGGAUACUGCCCUAAGAGGCUGAUUUAAUCAUGCCUGAUCCUACUCUCUCUGUUAAAACUUUAUCAUAAUAAUGUACUAAAAACACUAUACUCUCUUUGCAAUGAAAAUUGGUCGUGUUUUGUGAAAUGUUUAUUAAAGUUGCCAUAUCCUCCUGAAACCCAGCAAAUCAUUUUUGUCCACUUUAAUGGACAUAGUUUUUUAUUCAUAUCUUUGAGGCCAUUAUACAUGCCACUGUGUUAAGUCCUGUUGUACCUUUGAAAGGAUAAUCAAGAAGGGUGUAAUUGCGGCCUGCAAUUUGAGGCGUUCCUGCAUAUGGGCAAUCCGUCAUCUGCAGGAACCCCUCUUUAGAAUGAUGUUCAUCGACUACAGCUCAGCAUUUAACACCAUAGUACCCUACAAACUCGUCAUCAAGCUCGAGACCCUGGGUCUCGACCCCACCCUGUGCAACUGGGUACUGGACUUCCUGACGGGCCGCCCCCAGGUGGUGAGGGUAGGUAACAACAUCUCCACCCUGCUGAUCCUCAACACUGGGGCCCCACAAGAAUGCGUUCUGAGCCCUCUCCUGGACUCCCUGUUCACCCACGACUGCGUGGCCUUGCACGCCAACAACUCAGUCAUCAAGUUUGCGGACGACACUAGAGUUAGGCUUGAUUACCAACAAUGACAAGACGGCCUACAGGGAGGAGGUGAGGGCCCUCGGAGUGUGGUGUCAGGAAAAUAACAUCACACUCAACGUCAACAAAACAAAGGAGAUGAUUGUGGACUUCAGGAAACAGCAGAGGGAGCACCCCACUAUUCACAUUGACGGGACAGUAGUGGAGAGGGUAGUACGUUUUAAAGUUUUUAAGUGUCUCGGCGUACACAUCACGGACAAACUGAAUUGGUCCACACACAGACAGCGUUGUGAAGAAGGCGCAGCAGCGCCUCUUCAACCUCAGAAGGCUGAAGAAAUUUGGCUUGUCACCAAAAGCACUCACAAACUUCUACAGAUGCUCCAUCGAGAGCAUCCUGUCGGGCUGUAUCACCGCCUGGUACGGCAACUGCUCCGCCCACAACCGUAAGUCUCUCCAGAGGGUAGUGAGGUCUGCACAACGCAUCACCGGGGGCAAACUACCUGCCCUCCAGGACACCUACACCACCCGAUAUCACAGGAAGGCCAUAAAGAUCAUCAAGGACAACAACCACCCGAGCCACUGCCUGUUCACCCCGCUAUCAUCCAGAAGGCGAGGUCAGUACAGGUGCAUCAAAGCAGGGACCGAGACUGUUAAACAACCAACACUAACAUUGAGUGGCUGCUGCCAACAUACUGACUCAACUCCAGCUCACUUUAAUGAUGGAAAUUGAUGUAAAAAAUGUAACUCUAGCCACUUUAAACAAUGCCACGUAACAUAAUGUUUACAUACCCUACAUUACUCAUCUCAUAUGUAUAUACUGUACUCUAUAUCAUCUACUGCAUCUUGCCAUCUUUAUGUAAUACAUGUAUCACUAGCCACUUUAAACUAUGCCACUUUUAUGUUUACAUACCCUACAUUACUCAUCUCAUAUAUAUAUAUAUACUGUACUCAAUACCAUCUACUGCAUCUUGCCUAUGCCAUUCUGUACCAUCCCUCAUUCAUAUAUCUUUAUGUACAUAUUCUUUAUCCCUUUACACUUGUGUGUAUAAGGUAGUAGUUGUGGAAUUGUUAGGUUAGAUUACUCGUUGGUUAUUAUUGCAUUGUCGGAACUAGAAGCACAAGCAUUUCGCUACACUCGCAUUAACAUCUGCUAACCAUGUGUAU